UCAUUAUUUCUUCAUUUGUUGCAGGAGAGAAUUUCGACCAGAGUCCCUUAAGAAGAACCUUCAAGUCCAAAGUUUUGGCUCAUUAUCCUCAGAACAUUGAGUGGAACCCCUUCGACCAGGAUGCCGUCAACAUGCUGUGUAUGCCCAAAGGGCUGUCUUUCAGGACGCAGGCAGAUAACAGAGAUCCUCAGCUCCAUUCGUUCAUCAUCACCAGAGAAGAUGGCUCUCGUACGUAUGGGUUUGUGCUCACGUUCUACGAAGAGGUCACGAGCAAGCAGAUCUGCACAGCCAUGCAAACGCUCUACCAGAUGCACAAUGCAGAGCAAUACAGCAGCGUCUGCGCCUCCUCCUCGUGCAGCAUGGACUCCCUGGCCAGCAGCAUCGACGAGGGUGACGCCACUUCCCUCGCCAAGCUCCAGCGGUACAACUCCUAUGACAUCAGCAGAGACACACUGUAUGUCUCCAAAUGUAUAUGCCUCAUCACCCCUCUGCCCUUCAUGCAAGCCUGCAAGAAGUUCCUCGUCCAGCUCUAUAAGGCAGUCACCUCCCAGCAGCCACCACCUCUGCCCCUGGAGAGCUACAUCCACAACAUCCUCUACGAGGUGCCCCUGCCACCCCCGGGGAGGUCGUUGAAGUUUUAUGGGGUUUAUGAGCCCAUCAUUUGCCAGAGACCUGGGCCCAACGAGCUGCCACUCUCUGACUACCCGCUGCGGGAGGUCUUUGAGCUGCUGGGCCUGGAGAACCUGGUCCAGGUUUUCACCUGCGUUCUUCUGGAGAUGCAGAUCCUUCUGUACUCACAAGAUUAUCAGCGUCUGAUGACAGUGGCGGAGGGGAUCACGACGCUGCUGUUCCCAUUUCAGUGGCAGCAUGUGUACGUCCCCAUCCUUCCUGCCUCUCUCUUGCAUUUUCUGGACGCUCCCGUUCCCUACCUGAUGGGGCUGCAGUCCAAGGAGGGAACCGACCGCUCCAAGCUGGAGCUGCCUCAGGAGGCAAACUUGUGCUUUGUAGACAUUGAUAACCAUUUCAUUGAACUGCCAGAGGAAUUCCCUCAGUUCCCCAACAAGCUGGAGUUUAUCCAGGAAAUCUCUGAAGUUCUCCUGCAGUUUGGGAUCCCACCGGAGGGUAACCUGCACUGCAGUGACAGCGCCACCAAACUCAAGAACCUGGUUCUUAGUGACCUGGUGAACGACAAGAAGAACGGAAACAUCCCUGCCAAUGCCCUCAACAUGUAUGAGCUGCUGAAAGGCAACGAGACGAUCGCCCGCCUGCAAGCCCUCACCAAGAGAACGGGUGUGACGAUGGAAAAAAUGACCAUCACGGCUCCCCUCGUGGAGAAGGAGAAGGAUGGGAAAGUGCCAUGUGAGGAGGUGGAGCUGAGGGACUACAAACUGAACGUGCAGCUUCGCGAGGUUUUCGCCAACCGCUUCACGCAGAUGUUCGCAGACUACGAGGCUUUCGUCAUUCAGGCUGCCCCUGAUAUGGAGUCAUGGCUGACAAACAGGGAACAAAUGCAGAACUUUGACAAAGCUUCCUUCCUUUCGGACCAACCCGAGCCUUACCUCCCAUUCCUUUCACACUUCAUCGAAACACAGAUGUUUGCAACGUUCAUAGACAAUAAGAUAAUCUCCCAGUGGGAAGAGAAGGACCCUUUUCUGCGAGUUUUUGACUCCCGAAUUGAGAAAAUAAGGCUAUAUAAUGUAAGGGCCCCUGCACUGCGGACAUCCAACUAUCAGAAAUGCAGCACUUUGAAAGAAGCAGCCCAAUCCAUCGAGCAGCGGCUGAUGAAGAUCGAUCACACAGCCAUCCACCCACACUUACUUGAUAUGAAGAUCGGCCAAGGGAAAUACGAACAAGGAUUCUUCCCGAAGUUGCAAUCGGAUGUCUUGGCAACAGGACCCACCAAUAACAAGUAA